AUGGAGUCCCUAUCGCUCAAGGAUGAACUCCGGAUUAUGAUCGUGGGAGACUCCAUGACCCACGCUUCCGAGGGCGACUUCACAUGGCGAUAUAGGCUAUGGGAAUGGUUCAAGAAUGCCGCACCGAAGACAAGGGUGACGUUUGUAGGUCCGUAGAUCUUGUCCGUGCAUCCACAGCAUCCCUGCAGCGUAUCUGACGAUAUUAUUAGGUCCAUAUAAAGGUACCGUGCCUGCAGAGGAGCCACAUCCUCCGGAGCCUCCCAAAUUCCCGGAUGAUCCUGAUCCGCCCGAACGGGACAGUGAGUCUAUCCAUUCCCAUCUCUACAUCUCCUCAACUAACGCCACACACCAGUCUUCGCCGGCGGCUAUGCCAAAGACAUAUCCCCCGACUUCCCUACCUGGCACUUCUCUCAGAGCGGCCGCCAAAUCGCUCAGGCAAAGGACAUCAUCUCCAAUGCCGUCAGGGAACACCAACCAGACAUGCUCCUCGUCAUGCUCGGUUUCAACGACAUGGCCUGGUGCGUCAGCGGACCCGAAGACACCUUCAAAAGUGUGGUUCAAUUUGUAACAAACGUCAAGACAGCCAAGCCAAAUAUCCAUCUUUGUCUCGGAAACGUACCCCAGCGAAGUCCGAUGGAUUUCCACAAGGAGUUGGUCUGGUGGACUUCGCGAUACAAUUCUUUCCUGCACCAUGCGAUUCCGGAAUGGAGUACCAAAACGAUGAGGAUCGAGCCGGUGGAGAUCGAGAGGAGUUAUGGGUAUGUUCCGGAUCAGUGUAAAGGGACUUUCGACGAUGUGCAUCCGAACGAAUUGGGAGAGUUCCAGAUCGCCAGAGCUUUCUCCCAAACUCUGCAUCAAGCGUUUGGAAUCGGAAACGCACCACUCGCCAUACCGGAGCACAUUCCCAGAAGACCUCUACCUGUCCCACAGAAUGUCCAAGCCCAUGGUGUUCCGUACGGAAUUCAAUUGUCGUUCGACAAAGUCUACGGCUCGCGAGGCUACGACAUCCGCCAGCGAAACAAAGGGCAAGAAGAAUGGAGCGAAUUCCCCGCAGCGACAAACCAGGUCGACAACAUGUUCACGUCCGCAGGACAAAAAUGGGAAUACCAAGUCCGCUGUCGAGCAGGCGAUCGUCCAUCGGAGAAAGGUUCCUGGUCCAAGAUCGUGUCGGGGACAGCACAACGCUCGACAGCCCCUCCGCCCUCCAAUGGCAAGGUAUACUCCACGCCGGACGGUUUCGAAGUCACAUGGGACCCCAUCGAUGAGGCUAAAUGGCAAGUCGAUCGAUACGCCGUUCUCUGGCUCGACAAGAAGGGCGGCUUCCUCUGCGCACAGGGAGCGAGAGGCACCACUGCACGGGUCCAUGGGUGUGAGGCUGGCCAUCGGUACGAUACCUGGUUACAGACAUGGACAGCAUUAGGACCGAGUGUUAUGGAGAGUACGGGCAUUGUAGUCGUCGGGAGCGGAGUCUUUUCCAAGCCCGCAAGUGAGAAGAAAGAAGACGGGAGGGAGACACAGGUGGAUAUCAAAGAAGUCAACAGUCCUUGA